AUGGCGGCCCCUGUAGGCCGAGGCCUUCCGGGCCCGGUUUCCUUCCAGGAGAAGCGGAGGCCGUGGCUGCUCCCGGCAGACAAUUCCAGCCGAGCCCACGGCCCGAUCCCGCCCCGGCACCCCCGGCCCGUCCUGUCGGAGCGGGAGCGGCCGGGAACACGCGGGGUCACGCAGGAGCAGGCGGCCGAGUGCGGGUCCGGGAGGGUCUGGGGUCUCCGUGUGCCAGCUCCGGCGCUCCAGAGGGAGCGUCCCUUCGGCGCCUUGAUGUCCUCCAGGGCCCCACGCUGCCCCUUCCUGCCCAGCUGUGACCCCAGGGCCCCCUCCCGCUCUCCCUGGUGCUCCUGGGCAUCCAUCCGUCCUCCUCCUCCCCCCAUCCCGGGGCUGUUUGCAGAUCCACCCGUGAAGGCCAGGAAGGGACGGAAGAUUUCCUUCAAGAAGCUCCUCAGCGUCCUCCUCUUCGGCCUCAUCUUCGGCCUCAUCUCCUCCCUUUGUCCAUUCAGGAUUUCGGAGCCGAAGCAUCGCUACCCCGUUCCGUCCGCCCAGAAAUUCCCCAGCUGCGGGAACGGCAGCGGCCCGGCCGGGCGCGGCCACAGCCUGACCAUCCUGCUCUGGAUGUGGCCCUUCGGGUUCCGCUUCAACUUCACCGAGUGCUCGCGGCUGCUGGGCUGCCCGCGCUGCCGCUGCCGCUUCACCACCAGGCGCAGCCGCUGGUGCCAGGCGGACGCCGUGAUCCUGCACCACCGGGACGUGUGCGGGGACGGGGAGCGCCUGGCCCGGCUGCCCCGGCUGCCGACCCAGUCCUGGAUCUGGUUCAACAUGGAGUCUCCCAGCCACUCUUCCAACCUGAGCGCCAUGGACAACCUCUUCAACCUGACCAUGUCCUACCGCCGCGACUCGGACAUCUUCGUGCCCUACGGGGAGCUGCGGCUCCUGGGCCGGCCCCGGCCCGUCACCAUCCCACGGAAGUCCAAGCUGGUGGCCUGGGUGGUCAGCAACUGGCAGGAGGAAUCUCUGCGGGUCAAGUACUACCAGGAGCUGAGGAAACACAUCCCGGUGGAUGUCUACGGCAAGAACCACACGCCGCUGUCCCACGAGCAUCUCCUCGCCACCAUCUCCCAGUACAACUUCUACCUGGCCUUCGAGAACUCGCAGCACCAGGAUUACAUCACCGAGAAGCUCUGGAGGAACGCGCUGUCCUCCGGCACCAUCCCCGUGGUGCUGGGGCCUCCUCGGGAGAACUACGAGCUCUUCCUGCCCCCCGACUCCUUCAUCCACGUCGACGACUUCGGCAGCGCCCGGGAGCUGGCGCGGUUCCUGCUGGAGCUGGCCUGGGACGCCGAGAGGUACCGGGGGUAUUUCCAGUGGCGCCGGUGGUUCCAGCCGGUGCUGGGGACGGGCUGGGCGCUGCAGCUCUGCAGAGCCUGUCGGUUCCUGCACACCACGGAGCCCCGGUACCGCGCCGUGCCCCGCCUGGCCGCGUGGUUCGUGUAG